GAUUGGAAGCUUCAUUUUGUGCUGCUCUAUCAUUCCAGCCAUGAAUGAUCAACUUAACUUCUCUCUACAACUAAAAAGCAUAUCUUUUUUUCAUCCUUCAUCAUUACAACAAUAGUCAUUAUCGUUAAUUUAUUGUUCUCUCCUUUUGGCCUCCUACAUUACACAAAUCCCAUCUUUGAAUUCCCACUUUUUGCUUCAAAUUUCAUCUCCACUGUUCAAGAUCCUCUGUUUCUUGUACUUUCAGCUAAAAAACCCGGUCGUUUUUUGGUUUCUUUGACUCCAAAGUUUGCAUUUUUGCUUCAGUGUUUUCUCAUAGAGGGUUUCCAGCUGCAGGAUUGUAUAAUUUGUGGAUAGGAGCAAUCAUUUUACGCUUGAAUGUGCAAGGCAGAUGCAUUACUGAGGAAAUGACAGCUUUUUGGUAGACCAUCUAGCUGCAUGGGAGGAUUUUUGCACCUUUUUGACUUUAAUCAAGACAGCAUGGCCAGGAAAAUUCUUGCUCAUAAGCGACAUGUUGAUGGACUGGAAGCUCCCCGAAAUAGCUUGGAGCUGCAAGUAGAAUCUUCUCAGAGCUGCUGUGCUGCAGGAGAUGCACAGUACUCUUAUGAGGUCGAAGAAAACUGGUCUCAAAAGAAUUGUUAUCCAAUUGAGGCUUCAAUGAAGAGAUUGAUUAAUGAGGAAAUUUCCCAGCAAUCAAGUGCAAAGAAAAAUGCACCAAGCAUUGUUGCCCGACUGAUGGGGGUGGACAUGUUGCCACUAGAAACGAAAUCUGCAGUUCAGACGAUUGAUAACAAGAAAGCAAUCACAGAAACCAAGAUCUCAAAAAAGGAGAAGAAUGAAAGAAGAUCAGCUGCUCAUCUCUCUUCCAACUCAAAUACUUAUAGGCAGAUGGAACUUGAUUCACUUUAUGAUGUUAAAGAGCAAGAUGCUUAUAGAUGGAGUAAAGGCCAAAAGUUAGGGAAACCGAGCCCUCGAGAGCAUCCUCAAGAGGAGGAACUACAAAAUUUUAAAAAGGAAUUUGAAGCAUGGCAAACUGCUAGGUUUAAGGAAUAUUCUAAGGUAGUUGAACAUGACAGCACUCCCGGUCAGUUACUUGUUCAAGAAAACAUCAACAAGAAAAAAAUGGCACUUGAUGUAGAUUCCAGGAUACCAGCAAGCGAGAGGCAUGCAGAACCCAAGGGUCUUACAUCAAAAGCAAGGUCACAUGAAAGAAGUGGGUUACAACAUCCUAGACAUAAAGUGGAACUAUUUCCAGAUGAACAGGAGGAUUUUUUUCCCGCAAGAAACAGAACUGUAAGUAGAAACACCGAGCACUCCUUGAUAAAUUAUGAUGAGAAACUGGAUAACUCUUCUGCUCAGACACGGAUAGUGAUCUUGAAGCCUGGUCCUGAUAGGAUUUGUGACCACGAUGAGUCCUGGACUAGUUCCUCAGGAACUUUUGAGGACAGAGGUAGCAUUGAAGAUUUCCUUGAGGAGGUAAAAGAACGGCUGAAAUGUGAAUUGCAAGGGAAAACUCAAAGAAGGAGUUCUGUGGUCAGAGGAAGUGGAAUUGAAACCCCCUUUAGUGAAAGGCCAUCAGAUCCAAAACAAAUUGCUAAGCAUAUAGCAAAGCAAGUCAGGGAUAGUGUAACUCGGGACCUUGGGAUGAGUUUGCUCAGAUCAGAAUCAACAAGAUCGUAUAGAAGUGAAAUUCAGUUUAAUGAGCCAGGUUCUCCUGAGUUCAUCAACAGAGAUACUAGAAGAUUCUUGUCAGAGAGAUUGAGGAAUGUUCUAAGGAGAGAGACACAUCUAGAUGAUCCCAUAGUUAUCAGUGGCAUUUCUGGAUCAUCUCUAUUGGAAAAUGAAAGGGCCAGACUAAAGCAUGUGGGAGAUUCAUUGAAAGCUGGAAACGAGCCGAACUAUUGGGAAAUCAUGAAAGAUGAACAAGAAAUGCAAACUAGAUCAUUCAGGCAUGGGGAUGAAAAUGGAGCACCUCACCACAGAUUAUCUCCAAGGAACCUAAUUAGGUCUUUGUCAGCUCCUGUGCCAGGAACAUCUUUUGGGAAGCUUCUUCUUGAGGACCGACACAUUUUAACCGGUGCCCAUAUCAGGAGGAAGCAUGAAUCCCUUGAAAAUGUGACCUUGGAGUUGAAGAAACGGAAGAAAGAAAGAUUUAACAUAAAAGAAAAGGUUUCCAGUUUCAGAUACAGCUUCUCUCUUAGGGGUAGGCUGUUUGGCAAGAAGAUCCAAUCAAUGAUGGAAUCACAUAAUGCUGAACAGGAGCUUGUAAAGGAUAUCAUGAACGGGCCAACAGUUAUUAGGAACUUUGGCGAGAGAAACAUAAUGGAAAACUCGACUGAGGUGCCUCCAAGCCCUGCAUCUGUGUGUAGUAGUGCUCAAGAAGAGUUCUGGAGGGCAACAGAUUACCUCAGCCCAGCAUCAACACCUGAUAUGACUAUGGGAGAAGAUGAUGCCAUGCCACAAGUUUUUAAGGAGAUCAGUUCUAAUCUGAAUGAGCUGCGGCGGCAACUAAAUCAACUUGGGUCCGUUAAACCUGAAGAGACAACAAUUGAACAUGAGAGCAACGAGUUCAAACUAGAUGAUCUAGAGGACAAAGCAGAAGCUUACGUAAGAGAUUUGCUUAUUGCUUCUGGUUUCUAUGAUGGAUCAUCUGAUAAACGUUUAUUGAGAUGGGACCCAUUUGGAAAGCCUAUCAGCAAUUCAGUGUUUGAAGACGUUGAAAAAUCUUGUAAAAAAUUGUUGGCCAUGGAUGAGGGAGCUACCGCAACGCAUCACAAUGAGACGAAGGCAGAUCACAGAAUGUUAUUUGAUUUGUCGAAUGAGGCGCUUUCAACUGUACUUGGACCACCUGUGACCAUGUCUAGAUUCAGAAGAAAGGUCAUCGAUUGGUCCAUGCUGCCACAUUUACACGGAAGGAAAUUAUUGGAUUCUGUGUGGGAGAUCAUCCGUGAGAAUUUAUACCCUUUCAACGACAAAUCCUUCUACUCUCUAGAUAAUAUGGUGAGCAAGUAUUUAGAAUCCAGUCCUUGGUCUGGCUUGAUAGAUGACGAGGUAAAUAAUUUCGGAGGAGAGAUAGAGUGUCUCAUCAUGGGAGAUCUUAUAGAGGAAACGUUGAAGGAUUUAUACAUGGAUUAGUACCUUGUAAAAUAUCAAAAUCAUCAGGCAAAUAAGCUGUUGAUGGAGAGAGAAAGAAAGUGAAGAUGGCAUACUAAAGAUUCUACUGCAUGGUUAUAUCCUUACUGGGAAUACCAAGUUAAUUUUCUUGCUUGCUACAAGUUUAAGUGUGGAGUUAGAGAUUUUGCAUGUGCAUGAAUGUAUAUAGGUUCCUUGUGGGAGUUAAGUUCAGAAACCAUAUCCUUACUGUAAAUGAGUUGAUUUGCAUGGAUUAGUAGGUAUUUUUCAUGACAGACUGGGUAUAUUAUUCAUAAUUUAUCUAACCUGGAAUCUGAAUACAUUUCUUUUAUUCACUGGCAUAAAAUCCAGUUAUUAA